GUGAUGCUUGAUGACCUUGCUUUUGAUUGCAAACCCUUUUAAAUACAUCAGUGCCCUUGGGGGAUUGUUAUUGCGAAAAUCUCCCUCCAUUCUAUUGUUAUCGGAUUUCAAGGCGCAAGCGUAGCGGCACUCAUUGCAUCACCAGUGACCACCACAACCGUCGCAAACCGCCAAACAAGGGCCGGAUAAACCCCACCACGCCACAAGCAUUUCUCGACAACAACCUCCCGUCUGUUCUCAUCCGCACUUUCACCAAGCGCUAUCACUGAAAUUCCCUUGCUCUACCUCGAGGACCUCCUAAUUGGAUCUUGAUUCGACCUUUGGGGUCGCCUUCCCGCACAGCGAGCGCAAUGGCGAGCACGGUCAUGCAGCCAGACGUUGAGGCCAAUGCUGGCACCCUCGAGCUCAAGGACAACACCAUCAUAGUGGUAUUGGGCGCUUCGGGCGACCUGGCAAAGAAAAAAACAUUUCCCGCACUGUUUGGUCUGCACCGUAACAACUUCCUCCCUAAAAAUGUCAAGAUCGUUGGCUAUGCACGAACAAAGAUGGACCACGAGGAGUUCCUCCGCCGCGUCAAGUCCUACAUCAAGACCCCAACAAAGGAGAUGGAGCAGCAGUUGAAUGAUUUCUGCGGGAUGUGCUCAUAUAUUUCUGGACAAUAUGACGAGGAUGCCUCGUUUAUCAAUCUCCGGAAACACUUGGAGGAGCUCGAGAAGGGACGGAAGGAGACGCACAGGGUCUUUUACAUGGCACUUCCUCCGAGUGUCUUCAUUGCUGUGUCGCAGCACUUGAAGCGGAACUGCUACCCCACUAAAGGCAUUGCCCGGGUCAUUGUUGAGAAGCCGUUCGGCAAAGAUCUUGCUAGCUCAAGAGAGCUUCAGCGAGCUCUUGCCCCCGACUGGACUGAGGAUGAAGUCUUCCGAAUUGACCACUACUUGGGCAAGGAGAUGGUGAAGAAUAUUUUAAUCCUCCGAUUUGGUAACGAAUUCUUUGGCGCGACCUGGAACAGGAACCACAUAGAUAAUGUUCAGAUCUCGUUCAAGGAACCCUUCGGCACAGAGGGUCGCGGUGGCUACUUCGAUGAGUUCGGCAUCAUUCGCGACGUCAUGCAGAACCAUUUAUUGCAAGUCCUCACCCUUCUCACGAUGGAGCGACCGAUCUCCUUCUCCGCCGAAGAUAUUCGAGACGAAAAGGUCCGAGUCCUCCGAGGGAUGCCGGCAAUCGAGCCGAAGAACGUCAUCAUUGGACAGUACGGAAAGUCUUUGGACGGUGCUAAGCCAGGAUACAAGGAGGAUGACACAGUCCCUAAAGACUCACGAUGCCCUACCUUCGCCUCAAUGGUCGCCUAUAUUAAGAAUGAAAGAUGGGAUGGCGUGCCAUUCAUUCUGAAAGCCGGAAAAGCUUUGAACGAGCAGAAGACGGAGGUCCGCAUCCAGUUCAAGGAUGUCACAUCUGGAAUUUUCAAGGACAUCCCGCGCAACGAGCUUGUCAUUAGGGUCCAGCCCAAUGAGAGUGUCUACAUCAAGAUGAACUCCAAGUUGCCUGGUCUCAGCAUGCAGACCGUCGUCACAGAGCUCGACCUUACCUACCGACGGAGAUUCUCCGACCUCAAGAUUCCCGAGGCGUACGAGUCGCUCAUUCUCGAUGCCCUGAAGGGUGACCACUCCAACUUCGUCCGAGACGACGAGCUUGAUGCAAGCUGGAGGAUCUUCUCCCCUCUACUGCACUACCUCGACGACAACAAGGAGAUCAUUCCCAUGGAGUAUCCAUACGGCUCCCGCGGCCCUGCCGUGUUGGAUGACUUCACUUCGUCCUAUGGAUACAAGUUCAGCGAUGCAGCAGGUUACCAAUGGCCAAUGGCCAACUCAGAGAAGUUGUGAAACUGCAUUCUCUUCCUGCGUGAAAAGUAAUUCUCCUGGAGUGGUUUGGUAGGAUAAUCGGGAACACUUUCUAGGCGGUUAAGGGUGGCAGGAUAGCACAGCAAAUAUCUUGGUCUAGGCAAUGCAAAGGCACGAUCUCAAUCUCAUAGAGAAUUUCAAUGUCGU